AUGGAUGCGCUCAGGAAUCUCAUCGGUAACAUACCGGACUGGUCGAAGCGCCUCGACGAGCUCAGCGGCCAGAUCGCCCAGCGACAGAUUGAACUGGCCAAGUUCUCCGACUCCGAGUCGGCCGCCAGUGGCGUCGAGAGGACAAAGUCGCUCAGGAAUAAAGGCUCAACUGAGAGCCUCAAGCCCAAAGAUGACCCCGAAGCCCACCCCGGUGUUGCUUCGCCCCCCCGCCAGCAGAGCCCAACGCCUCUGAAGGGUGCGAUGCCCUCACCUGCCCAGAUCACGCAAGAUCAGCCACCACAGACACCCCAAACCCAGACGCCGCAAUCGCCAGCACCGGCGCAGGCGCAGGCGCAGGCACAAGCACCAGGCACGAGCCCGCUGCCCUCGCCGAGCCAUGCCAACGGCUCCCCUGCUGCUGCUCUCCACCACCAGGCGAACCAGGUCAUGGCCAUUGCGCAAGCCAAGGCCCGCGCAACCCUUCGCAAACGCCACCGGCCCGAGUCGGUUGUCUCCGCUGAGGGUGCGCCGCCCAAGUACCGGAGUCGCAGCAUGGUCAUUGUCUACUAUGACAGCUACGUCCAGUCCUUCUUUGAGGAAUUGGUCAAGUUCGUGUCUGCAUCGCGCAACUUGAUGCGCAAAGCCAAGAUGGCAGCCAAGGUCGCACAGAUUAAGCGGAUGGCCGAGCUUGAGAUGCCAGACGACGAGGAGGACGGAGACGACAGCAUGCCAAGCCAGACGAUCGGCGGUGCUCUUCUGGCCUCUUCAAAACUGGUGGCAGAUACUCCACUCGAGGCUAGCAAGGACAAGAAUGAUGAAGAGGAUCUCCCACCGCUCAAGUAUAUCAGCACACGGCGCAUGGGUCCAGUAUCGAGGACCGCGGGAAUGCUGGCCACAGGGAGACCAAUGUAUCCUCGGGCUGGUCAGCGUGCACAGAUGCAGUCGAGCGGUAGUCUCGCGAUAUCACGAGCCAAUGCCAAUAUGGAUGGCAAGCCUGAUGUCUACGACGAGCUCGACAAGGGCCUCGAGUACGUCCAAUCCAUGUGCGAGCAUGCGGCACAUCAGUUCUUGCGAGACGGCGACUGCAACGAGGAGAUUGAGAACAUCAAGCGCCGGCUUGGCGAGACCAAGGAGUCUGCCGACAAGGAGAUGGAGCGUGUCAUCAAGGAAGAGCCCGAAACGCUCAACAACCAGGAGCCUCUCAAGACGCGCAGCUUUCGCCCGCAGAGCAUGAGACGCGACGUGAUGCCCGAUUCGCCGGCCGCCAAGGAGGUAAACAGCAAGCUCGAGGUCGAUGAGGCGAUCGACGACAUGGACGAGGAGCCGCCGAAGCUGGUGUACAAGUCGACCCGCAUGAUGCGAUGA